AUGGAUACUCAAUCACCCUACCCUACUUCAAAGCUGCAGACGCGGGCGACGAAGCUACAAGAAGAGCGCGCGGCCACUCCAAGUAACGACGAAGGAAUGUCUGGCUAUACGUCAAGUGGAGGCGCUGGCGGGAGGAAAUUCGACAUCCAUCGGGACAUCAAGGCGGACGUCAAUCGCGCUCAGGCUCACGAAGCAACCUUCGACUCUAUCCUUCACUAUUUUCUCUACUUAUGUCUGGAGGAUGGAAACCCCGAGAAACGUCUUGUCGACAGUUUGUUAGACCAAAUUAACGCUCUCCCUCUGAGCCAGCCGUCGGCCGGUGACUUGAAUACUCUCAAACUAUUGAAAAGGGGUAUCAACGAAUCUCUGAACAAGAUUUUCUCUACCUGUUGGGAUAAAUUGAUGCCCAUCUGCAAUGAGAAGGACAUCCAGACUGAGCUUCAGGAAUACUGCAAGGCGAAGACCGAAAUCGAUCUUUGUAAACCUUUCUCUGUUCUCUCAAACAAGAUAUUGAAUUAUGCGUCAGAAGUGAAGAUUAGAGGCUUCAGAGGAGUUUUCGAACAUGGGCUCAAUGUUCAAGUUACCGAUCCCACCAACUUCACGUCGUCCUAUAACCAUGCAACACGGGUUGUUCGCAAGCCUGAUAGUGCUUUCAUAUCCGAUGUUGUUGCAUGGGAUUACAAUCAAGUAUCGUACACAGGUGACAGGACGAAAACCCCCAGGAUCGGGGUCGAUCAGUUUACCUCUGCCAAGAAGACCGUCAAUCUCCGUUGGUCUCAGCUUUUUGGCUGUAUUGAAUUCAAGAGGACGUCUCGCCCUCUACAAUUCCUUCGCAAUCCUGUCUAUCAUAAAGAUACGACUCGUAGCAUGGAGGAUUCUGCAAUGGAACUCACAGAACCCUAUGAAGAUGACUAUUCCAGCGAUGAAUCGGACAAUAACACGGGCCCAGCAGGCAAGGGCGGUGAUCAAGCGCCUGUCCGAAAGCUGCGAGUCAAAGCAGCAGCAGCGGGCGAAGAACACAAGCCAUAUACACCUCCAGAGCAAUGCGCCACUUAUGCCCUUGAACUUCUCUCUGAGCAUGUUGGAAGGAAACAUGCCAUCAUUUUGCUUAUUAUUGACAACUUGCUCUGGGUGUGGUACUAUGACCGACAGGGUAUUCUACGGUCAGAGUCCAUCGAUAUCCUUCAAGAUCUACCUCGCUUUGUUGUCCUUCUGUUCGCAUUUCAACGCUUCACGCUCGAAGACUGGGGAGCCAUUCCGAAGCUUGGCUUAGAGACCCUUGGAAGGUGCCAUGAACCAAGAAAACCCGAGGCCGUUGAGUCUUCAAGGAAGCACAGUCAAACAACACGCGGGAAGGAAGCGAUUGACGCUAGAGAAUGGAGGUCCGCUCCAGUUGAGAGUGUCAAGCUGACGCCGAAUGCAUUCGAACGCAUUGUUGCCAACGGGAAAGCGGAAGAUGUCACCACUGAUCAGGUGGAAGAGUUCGAAAUCAACAUUGGUGGCGAUGGGCGGCUUAUCCGAAAGCCUCAUUGUAUCGCCGGAAGAGCGACGAGUGUUUUUUCGCUUAACAGCAUUGCGUUUACAGUAACACAGGCCCCGCCGGACACGAAAUACGUGUGCAAGUUGUAUAACCCUGAGCUCGUAAGGCCGAACGAAGGUGAAACUUUGAAGAAGAUCUACGACGUUCUUAAGCUUCCUGCUUCGCAAUCAGAGGGCACAAAGGGGCAUCAAGACGAGAGUCGUUACAAGCAAAAUCUUCCAGUCAUGCUUUUCUGUGGAGAUCUCAAGGGAACGUCUACUAGACCCGUUUGGAGUGUCGUGCAAUUCACUGGGUCCGAAUCAGAGUCAGGCGCCAUUGCUUAUAAUGCUGUAGUUCGAGCUUCUCGCAUCACCCGCUUACUCAUAUUUGAAGAAUUGCGGCCAAUACAAGAGGAGGUAACAGGCAUUGACUUUGUUAAAGCCUGGGCAGAGGUUGUCAAAUGUCACCGUUUCUUGCAUGAGAAAGGUUUCGAACACAGUGACCCAAGUCUGUGGAACAUGAUGUACAACAGGGUUCAGAAAUGUGGCGUCCUUACCGAUUUUGACCUUGCACUUCCACCGGGUUUGUCCUCCCCUUCGGGCUUCGAGAGAACGGGAACCGUUCCCUUCAUGGCUCUUGAACUUUUAACUGCUCAGUAUUGGGAGGGAAAAGUCCUUCGCCGCUAUCGUCACGAGCUUGAGGCCCUGAUCUGGGUCCUUGCCUUUGUUCUCUUGCGUUUCAACAACAAGGGUAUUGGGGAGGAUAAAGCAAAUACGGAGAGUUGGAUGACAUCCAGCUACAAGACUUGCUUAGAGAAAAAGUUUUCUAUACUGUCUACCCGUUUCCCCGUUCAAGACAGCUUUAAGCGACAGAAAUCAUUCGGGUUGCGGCUCACAGCAUGGAUUGUUCACAGCAACAACCAGCGCUUAGAAGACUCCGAACUUGAGGACGAAGCACAGCCGAAAGAUGUCCUGUCUGAGGAUGCUCGAGUCAACGAGGACAAGGAGGUCUGGAAUGCGUUUCUAGAAAGGAUUAAGCCACUCGUCAACCAAUACCCAGAACUGCAGGACGUCAUUAACAUCUUGGAUUCGAAGUAA